CAGAAUUGGUCACAGUAGUCGUACCGUUCUCGUUGCCAGUUAAUCGGGAUAAUCAGCAAUAUUAGUGACUCGUACAUACCUACAUAGUCUCCCUUAUUUUUAAAGGGUGCAGCACAUUUACGUUUAAUUUCUUUUAAUUUUCUUGACCACUGGGACUAAAAGUAUGACCAUGAAGAAUCUCACUUUCCCCAGAACCCCACCCUUCGUCAUCAUCACUCUGCUUAUCGCAUCAUCCCUUCUUCAGAAAUCCAUUGCCACGAAGGAGGUGGACCAAGGGACACUUUCUCCAAAGUCUGACGACUUUGUUGGAAGUGAGGAAAGCAACUUUCUGCAGGAAGGAGUGUUGCCACUUGAAGAGGACACUGUUAAUAGUUACGAAGGGAUAUAUAGCAAUAGGAUGAGAGGAGGAGGAGGUUAUUCGCCUUGCCACCCCGUCGUCCUCCCACCCCCACCGACCUCUUCGUACCACUACUACUACUCCAAUUCCAACCCAGGGAACGAGGGGGAAUAUCCCAACCUUGUGUCAAAGAGGACCUUUCAGCCCUGGGGAGGAAAGAGGGCACGACUAACUGACUACUUUCACCGCCUCUCGUCCUACAAGAGGGACACUUCCCUCGGCAACACGAGGUCACUAAAAAGCGACGUCCCAACCGCGAGAAGGUCUACUUUUAAUCCAUGGGGGGGAUAAGUACAAGGGAAAAUGAGAUUUAAGUAUGUGUCCAAAUAGCUAUAAUAUUUAUUUCCAUUUCUUUCAACUCUUUCAAGGAGUUUUGAACAAGCUCGUUUAUUUUUCAGUGGAAUCUAUUUAUUUGUGACAAAAUUUUUGAGAAAUUCGGAGACUCAAUCGUUUUGAUUGACAAUUGUUCAAUGUUGAGAGUAAUCUACUGAUAUGUGUCCAUCUUGUGAAAAGUUGGAGCAUUUUACUCGUCUUCUAAGUAUUUUCCAAUGUAAAACUUUCACUUUCCUCCUCUCUAUCAAUCUUUCUCUCUCUCCCUCCCUAGCCUCUAAUAAUUUCAUGUAACGAUGUAAAAAUAUGUGUAAUGUACUAUGUACAUGGCUGUCGAUUGUAUUUGAAGCAAUCUCAUCUUGUGAAAAUAAAAUAUGGUGCAAGGAAUAUGCAGUAUGCGUGAUAUGCCGUUAAAUGAGUAAAAUUUAUUUAUUACUUCAACAUCCGUAAUGAAUGCAUAUUUGGUGUCUAGUUUUCAAUGAGAAAUAAUUCACCCACAAUUUGUUUAAUAAUUUGGUUUUAAUUGCCAAUUUGUAGAGAAAAGAGAAAAGGAAAAAAACAAAGUCAUACAUAUAAGUGUACAAGUACAAUCGUAAAAUAAAAUCAACUAGCAACUCAUCAGAGAGAAAUUGGAAUUUGAAACUAAACCAAUCGAAAUUGUGCCGAUAUAGAAAAUAGAUCAAACCAUCAAUCCAUAUACAUAUGUGUAAAUCAAAAUUCUUAGCCUAUCCAAUCAUGAGGCAUUACAACUAUUACUUUACAAUUACAAUAACUAUGAUACAAUUGGAAUUUUAUGUUUAAGACCGGAAUUAAUGGUACGAUUAGUGUAGUAGCUGGCAAUACAUAUAAUAAGUCAAUACAAUGGAACGAGUCUAAUUUAGAGGAGGUAAAAUGGUACAA